AUGGAACAUGCCCCGGUCUCUCCCAGGGAAGCGUCCACCCUAGUCCAGGCCGUGGUAACAGCAUCAGGUGGACAGUGUGUUCCAGUAAUACGCACCCCUUCACAUGGUGUGGAAUGGAUCAAAUGGGCUUUGGACUCUGGAGCUGCCGGUAUCAUCAUUCCCAUGGUGAUGACUGCACAAGAAUGCGAAAACAUAAUCCAACGGGCCAUCUACCCACCACGAGGUCAACGAAGCUUUGGGCCUUUUCUCGCCCCAUAUGCCGAUGUCGACCCCAUGGCCGACGUCACGAAGUAUAUGAAAGACCGUGUAAAAGAAGUGGCUAUCAUUCCAAUGAUUGAGUCUAUGGAGGGCGUGCAGAACGCUGAAGCAAUAUUGCGAGUUCCAGGCGUAACAGCUUGCUUUGUCGGGCCUUACGACCUUCGACAGUCCAUGGGGCUCCCUGGUGGUGACGGUGAAGAGGCUGCCUACCUUAAUGCAUUGCAGAAUAUUCUUGAGGCAGGAAAGAGGAACAAUGUAGUCAUCGGCACAGUCGGUGCAACCGAAGCAUCUGCAAGACGGAAGGUGGAGAUGGGUUUCAGGUUCUUACUUACUGGCCAAGAGCCAAAUUUCCUGGUGGCUGGUGCUAAAUCGACUUUGCAACAGUGUCAGCGGGGAAUGAAUGCCGCGAGAACUAGCAAUUUAUGA